UUCAUCAGCUCUUCUGACAAGUCAUUUAUUUCUUAGUCCUGAUUCUAAUUGAUCAUAGAUGUCCUCUCAGCUGGAAGGAGGCCUGCAGCAGCUGGAGACAACAGCAAAACUUGAUGUACUGAAAUCCGAAGACGUGACGAGUCCUGACGGAUGCGCCGGGCAACGCGGUUGCCGUGGGGACGGAGGGCAGGAUAAACCGGCCCCGGCUCCAGAGCGCCAUCAGCCGAAGACACGCAAGAUGACCCGGAGCCCCAAAUGCGCACGCUGUCGCAACCACGGCGUCGUGUCGUGUCUGAAAGGCCACAAACGCUUCUGCCGCUGGAGGGACUGUCGCUGCCCCUGCUGCCUGCUGGUGGUGGAGCGGCAGCGCGUCAUGGCGGCGCAGGUCGCCCUGAGGAGGCAGCAGGCUGCGGAGGUGAGGGGAGCACAAGGGCAGGGUAAGGUCAGGUGUGCAGGUCCGUUGCAGAGGACUGCGUAUCAGCGUCACUCGAGAGCAGCUGAACCAAGCAUACUGGCUAAGAGCAUCCUGCAGGGGCUCAAACCGGUGGUGCCGCUGGAGGAAGACGCCUCCUGCUGGUUGAAGCAGACGCAGCGCGAUCAAACGCACUUUACGUGUCCCACCAUCAGCAGCCGGAUGAGGAAGAGGAGAGCCUUCGCAGACAAGGAGCUGGAGAACGUGAUGCUGGAGCGCGAGCUGAGACAGAGAGAGCUGCAGGACGACCUCUCCUUCUCCUCUUCUGGCCUCGUCCCUGUGCUGCACCCUCCGCCCCCGCUUGCCCCAAGCCUCCACUGCUGUCUUCUCAACAAGGACCCCACCACUGCAGGGACGUCCAGUUAUGUGCCCAUGUAUAAAUAUAAGCCUAUUUAUGAUCGUGACUUUCAGUUCUAUCAGUUCUUCCACCUAAAGAGCAGGUCAUCUGCAGAAGGUGAAUAUACUGACUUCUUAUGCCAAAGCUCAGAGCAAACCAGGAGGGAUGGGGAGUGGCUGAAUAGCUGGCAAGGCCAUGAAAAGAAAGACAGAUCAGAGCUGACGCCUCUACCACCAAGACAAAGACUCAAACAUCAUGGCCGAACCUUGUCAGGUCUAGACCUUGUCAACCCCCCCCCAAAACCCACAGAAAUAAUGGACUCUAAUGGCUCCUCAACUGUCACACGCUCUAUUUUUGGAAUGGAUCAGGGUAUCCUGGGCGGGCCAGACGUCAGUGCACCCAGUAGGACUUUUGAACCCAGACCCCUGACAGCUAAGAGCUGGUGCGCAAACACUUCUGCCGAUCAGGCACGUCUUCAUGCCGACUCUGUCAAGAGCCCUCAUGGCAGCUCAGUCAGGACUCCCACUGAGAAGCCAUUACCUUUCUCGGUGGAGGCUCUGCUGAGGGCCUGAGAGGCAAAUGGAAAGCAGUGUAGUGCAUUUUGUUUAUGUGCGGACUAAGAAUCCCUGUUGAGUGAAUAAAUAUAAAAAUUGCUAGUUGUGUAACAUGUUUUGAAACACUUUUCUUGACAUGUGCUGCUUUCUAUUCAGUGAAAUAUUUAUACACAA